UCAGACUGUCCGGGACGGUGCCGGACCAUCGUAUUCCUCUUAUCCUGAGGAACCUCAGACUGUGCGGGACGGUGCUGUCCUUCCAACAAAUAAGAAGUUUCCCUGUACUGAGUGCGGGAAGUGUUUCUAUUUUAAAUUCAAUCUCGAAGAGCAUAAAAGAUCUCACACAGUUGAGAAGCCCCAUUCCUGUCCUGAGUGCGGGAAAUGUUUUUUCAAGAAAGCCCAUCUUUCCCUACAUCAGAGAUUUCACACAGAAGAAAAGCUAUAUUCUUGUUCUGAGUGCGGGAAAUGUUUUUCAGGGAAGCUUGGUCUUGCCAGCCAUCAGAGAUCUCACACGGGCGAGAAGCCAUAUUCCUGUGCUGAGUGUGGAAAAUGUUUUGUACGAAAAUUACAACUUGUCACACAUCAAAUGUCUCACACAGGUGAGAAGCCGUAUACCUGUUCUGAGUGUGGGAAAUGUUUUUCAUCGCAGUCCUGUCUUUUUAAACAUCAGAAAUAUCACACGAGUGAAAAGCCGUAUUCCUGUUCUGAAUGCGGGAAAUGUUUCGUAGUAAAAUCAGACCUUUUCAAACAUCAGAGGUCUCACACAGAGGUGAAGCCAUUUUCCUGUUCUGAGUGUGGGAAAUGUUUUUCUAGGAAGUCCAGUCUUUCUAUACAUCAGAGAAUUCACACAGGUGAAAAGCCGUAUUCCUGUUCUGAAUGCGGGAAAUGCUUCAUAGUAAAAUCAGACCUUGUCAAACAUCAGAGAUCUCACACAGGAGAGAAGCCGUAUUCUUGUCUUGAGUGCGGGAAAUGUUUUUCAAAGAAGUCUCAUCUUUUUAGACAUCGGAGAUCUCACAUGGGGGAAAAACCAUAUUUUUGUUCUGAGUGCGGGAAUUUUUUUUCAGUGAAAUCCGAUCUCAACAGACAUCAAAGGUCUCACACAGGGGUGAAGCCGCAUUCUUGUCCUGAGUGUGGGAAACAUUUCACAUCGAGACGCAGCCUUAAUGAGCAUAAAAUAACUCAUACAGGGGAGAAGCCGUUUUCCUGUCCUGAGUGCGGGAAAUGCUUUUUUAAAAAAACAGUACUUGUCAGACAUCAGCGGUAUCACACAGGGGAGAAGCCACAUUCUUGUUCUGAGUGCGGGAAAUGCUUUUUAAAAAAAGCAGAUCUUGUCAGACAUGGGAGAUCUCACACGGGGGAGAGGCCAUUUCCCUGUUCUGCCUGCGGGAAAUGUUUUUCACAAAAGUCCGGUCUUCGUUUACAUCAGAGAACUCACACGGGGGAGAAGCCGUAUUCCUGUCCUGAGUGUGGGAAAUGUUUUUCUAGGAAGUGCAGUCUUUACAAACAUCAGCUAAAUUUGUGUGGGAAAUGUUUUGUAGAGAAAUCAGAUCUUGUCACACAGCAGAGGUAUCACACGGGGGCGGAGCCGCAUUCCUGUCCGGAGUGUGGAAAAUUAUUUUUAAAUAAAUCAGAACUUGUCCAACAUCAGAGAAUACACACGGGGGAGAAGCCGUAUCCUCAGACUGUGCGGGAAGGUGCCGUCCUUCCAAAAGAUAAGAGGUUUUCUUGUACUGAGUGCGGGAAGUGUUUCAAUUUUAAAUUCAAUCUUGAUGAGCAUAAAAGAGCUCACACAGUUGAGGAGCAGCAUUCCUGUCCUGAGUGUGGAAAAUAUUUUUUAAAGAAAGCCUAUCUUUCUCAACACCUUAGAUCUCACAAAGUUAAGACGCAGCAUUCCUGUCCCGAGUGUGGGAGAAAUUUUCUAACGAAAGCCCACCUUUCCCUGCAUCAGAGAUCUCACACCGUUGAAAAGUGGCAUUCCUGUCCCGAGUGCGGAAUUUUUUUUUUAAAGAAAGCCCAUCUUUACCAACAUCAGAAAUCUCACACAGAAGAAAAGCCGUAUUCUUGUCCUGAGUGCGGAAAAUGUAUUUUAAAGAAAUCCAAUUUUGACCAACAUCUGAAAUCUCACACCGAAAAAAAGCAGUCUUCCUGUUCUGAGUGCGGGAAAUGUUUUUCAUCGAAGGCCUAUCUUUUUAUACAUCAGAAAUUGCACACGGGUGAGAAGCCGUAUUCCUGUUCUGAAUGCGGGAAAUGUUUUGUACAAAAAUCAGCCCUUGUCUCGCAUCAGAGGGCUCACACGGGGGAGAAGCCAUUUUCCUGUUCUGAGUGCGGGAAAAGUUUUGUUCGAAAAUCAGCCCUUGUCUCGCAUCAGAGGGCUCACAGGGGAGAGAAGCCAUUUUCCUGUUCUGAAUGCGGGAAAAGUUUUUCAUCAAAGGAUUAUCUUUUUAUGCAUCAGAAAUUGCACACAGGUGAGGAACUGCAUUCCUGUUCUGAAUGCGGAAAACGUUUCAUAAAAAAAUCAGACCUUGUCUCACAUCAGAGAUCUCACACGGAGGAGAAACAGUAUUCCUGCUCUAAGUGCGGGAAAUGUUUUUCAUUUAGGUCCAGUCUUUCCAGACAUCAGAGACUGCACACAGGGGAGAAGUUUUCCUGUCCUGAGUGCGGGAAAUGUUUCUCACAGAAGCCCCAUCUUUAUACACAUCAGAAAUUGCACACGGGGGAGAAGCCGUAUUUCUGUUCGGAGUGCGGGAAAUUUUUUUCACGGAAGUCCAAUCUUGAAAGACAUCAGAGAUCUCACACGAGUGACAAGUCGUAUUCCUGUUCUGAAUGUGGGAAAUGUUUCGUAGUAAAAUCAGACCUUGUCAAACAUCAGAGGUCCCACACGGGGGAGAAGCCGCUUUCCGAUCCGGAGUGAGGGAAUUGUUCCUCACUGAAGUCCUGUCUUCCUGUACAUCA